UGUUGGCCCAAAAAACAAGAAAAUUGGCACGCAGGAUUUUUUUCCCCCAGUGAAACACUCGUAAAAGAUAACACCAUGUUUUCUUCGGGUGCUUCUUUCACUAGCUUAGUGAAACUUCCAGUACAUCAUUUGGGAUGACCGGCGGUGGAGACGCACCGCUGCCGCCGGCAGACAAUGGCGGAGAGUUUCUUCUCUCUCUUCUCCAGAGGUCCCCCAAUCACCCGCAACCUCCACUGCAACCACCACUGACGGCGCCACCGCCGUCACUCGAGCACCAGCAACAAUCACUGACGCUUGAUCCCGCCGUGGCAGCCAUAGGACCUACGAUCCCCAUCAUGCCACCGUGGCCGAGUAACGGGCGUGAUCCCCAACAUCAUCUUCCGUCUUGGCCUCACACAAUCUCUCCUCAUUACCCGCCAAAUUUCUUCGGGUUGCCCCACAACCUGUUCCCUCCUCCUCGGCUCCCCGUGGAUCACUUCCCUGGGGAUCCAAUUCCUGUGGGGAACAUUGGAGUCACCCAUGGCGAUGAUCUAAUAAGAUUAGGGUUUCCAGUUGAUCCUUCUGCAGGUAAUCGGAUUGAUGCUUUUGUUCAGCAGCAGAAGCAGCAGGAACAUAAGCUGAAGUUUGGUUCGUUACCAAGUGAUGUUUUGGGUAGGGAAGUAUCGUCCGAUGGGGAUUCUUUGCUCAAUUUGGUGUUCAAUGUUGGCACUGGGCGGGAAGCGGGAUUGAGCAGAAGCUAUAAUGGGUUAGAUAGAAAUUUCCAUUUGGAUCCCAAGGCGACUUCUAAUACGAAUUCAAGUGUGAAUGUGGUUGGGAAUCCACAUCAUGAUGGCCGUGACCUGGACCGAAGAGGGUGUGGCCGGGGAAAUAACUAUCAAGGUGGAAACUACAGGCCUGAAACAAGGCAGUCGCCAUCAGGUUUUUCAAACAAGCCCAAAGGAAGAGGCUAUUGGGUCUCUGGGUCUAGAAGAAGGGGUUCAGAUAUUCAUGACGGUUGGGAGGCUGCUAAUUCUGGUUCAUUGGGUGGGGAAUACGAGAAUGUGACCGCUGAGAAGGAACGAGUGGGAAAACUGUUAUCAGAAAGAAGUAACAGCCGAGGCAAUAAAUCUAGUGAAGUGGGCCUUCCUGAACAGCUAGAUCGGCCGGGGCCACCCUCCGGCAGCAACCUUCAUUCAGUCUCAGGAUCGGACAUUGAAGAGGUUAGAAACAAUUUCCAGAGUAAAAUUGUCUUAGAUAGGGUUGGAGAUAAAUAUCAUGGAGUGGGUGUGUCCAAGGAGGAUAUUACUGACUCUGGCAGUGGUUUCGGUGAGCAAUUGGUUGAAUCCUUGUUGAAUGAGGGUGAAUCUGAAGACAAGAAUACCUCAGUCUCAAGGCAGCGCCGCACUCGUGAAAAGGAUGUCAGAUCGGACUCAAGGGGACAAAAGCUCCUAAGCCAGCGGGUGAGAAUGUAUAAAAGACUGAUGACGUGCCGAAGUGACAUAAAUAAUCUCAAUGCUCCCCUCCUUGCACUUUAUGAUUCGUUAAUACCUCCUGAAGAAGAAAAGGCCAAGCAGAAACAAUUACUAGCUUUACUGGAGAAACUAGUUUGUAAGGAAUGGCCAAAAGCUCAGCUUUAUCUCUAUGGAUCAUGUGCUAAUUCAUUUGGUGUUUGUAAAAGUGACGUUGAUGUUUGCCUUGCCAUUGAGGAAACAGACAUGGACAAAUCUGAGAUUUUAUUGAAGUUGGCUGAUAUUUUAAAAUCAGAUAAUCUACAGAAUGUGCAGGCUUUGACGCGUGCCAGGGUUCCUAUAGUUAAGCUCAUGGACCCUGCGACAGGAAUCUCCUGUGACAUAUGUGUUAACAAUCUCCUGGCUGUUGUGAAUACAAAGCUUCUUCAGGAUUAUGCACAAAUAGAUGCAAGGCUACGUCAGUUGGCUUUUAUCAUCAAACAUUGGGCCAAGUCAAGAGGAGUUAACGAAACUUACCAAGGGACCUUAUCCAGCUAUGCAUAUGUUUUAAUGUGCAUUCAUUUUUUACAAAUGAGGAGACCUGCUAUCCUUCCCUGCUUACAGGAGAUGGAGACCACAUAUUCUGUGACUGUGGAUGAUGUUAAAUGCGGUUACUUUGAUGAAGUUGAAAAACUACGUGAUUUUGGACGUCACAACAAGGAAACGAUUGCUCAACUUGUGUGGGGAUUUUUCUUUUACUGGGCAUACUGCCAUGAUUAUGCGGACUCUGUUAUAUCUGUACGUACAGGAAACGUAAUCAGUAAGCGAGACAAAGAUUGGACAAGGAGGAUUGGUAAUGAUCGGCAUCUAAUAUGCAUAGAGGAUCCGUUUGAAUUAUCUCAUGAUCUGGGUCGAGUGGUAGACAAAUCCAGCAUCAAGGUUAUCAGAGAAGAGUUUGAACGUGCCGCCAAUAUUCUUCAGUAUGAUUCAAAUCCAUGUGUUAAACUCUUCGAGCCCUAUGUCCCAAGUCCCAGGUAGAAAGAGGAGUUAGUUUUUUUUGGAUAUAAAUUGUAGGUGAGAUAACGGAUGCUGAGGGUGUAAAUCCUUUCUUUCUCCAUGGUAAAUCUUGGGCAUGUCUAUAUGUGUAUCUAUUUGGCCUUUGAAAAUUUUCCCCUAUUGUAAACAGCUUUCAGCCAUCUUGCUUUUAAAUUCAAACGGCAACAAUCAGUGUUAUGCAGAAAGUUUCUCGAUCA